AUGCCAGAUGGCACCGACUUUGACGGGAAGAAGCUAUUCAGCUUAAUCCGUAGUGGUGGGAGCCCCUUUGACGGAGCGUGGGACGUUCAUCGGCUCAUUGACGAGAUCGAGGAGAAUCUCGGCACCGAGGUGAUUGAUAUCCCGUUUGUCUACAAUGGCUCCAACAACUACGGUUUCCACGUCAGGCUGUCGAAUCGAGCGGACAUUGUGGCACGUCUCGCACGUGGCGAUGUCAACAUGCCCAACUUUGACGGCUUCCCCAUCGAUGUGCAGAUCCCCGAAGUCAAGUUCGAGGCGGCGGUGUACAAGCUCUUGCGCGCAGAGCCGAACAUCUUGGCCUCUCAUCUGCUCUACCAUCGUAGUCCGCUCCAGCGCACUGGCCCGCGGCUUGAUGUGCCCAAGGACAUCGUUGGCCGUCGGCUGUUUGUGUUUGAAAGAGCAGAAGGAGAGAACAACAUAUGGGGCGAUCUCGGCGCCGAACAGCGGGCAAGUUUCAUCCUUCUGACCCAAUCUGCUCGUAUCCGCGCGUCGCUGUUCAACUUCCAGCUCCCGCUGGACUUUGCCGCGUUUUGGCUCCGCGAACGCCUCUUUGAACAGAAGCCCGCGUCGCUCCCUCGUCCCGUUGCGUCCACCCGCGAGUUCUGCGUUGCCCUUUUCACGGCCAAGGUCGAGGCAACCAUCAGAAACCUGGGUGACAUGAUCGGCUGGGAGGACGACAACAACGUCGUGGGCCCCAUCGCUUCCGCGGCCAAGCAAUCCCUCCUGCGCCUCAUCCCGCACAUCCUGCCUGCGGAUGGCAACCAAGCAGAAGCCUCUGUCUAUCGUCUGGUUCUGGAGCACGGCGACUUUGGCAUCCACAACAUGUCGAUUGCGACGGACGCAAACAACAACCCGCUCGUGACGUCCGUGUACGACUGGGAAACGGGGUGCAUCGUGCCCGCCCUCUUGUCCGAUCCGCUGAUGGCCGUGUUUGUCGACCUUGCGGCGGACGAGACGGCCGGCCCUUCCAUCACGCGCGUGCCCGGCGACGCCACGCCAAGCGACCGCGCGCGGUACAUGGAAUGGUCGCAGCAGUACUUUGACGCUCUCUUCCAUCAUGCGCCUGACUACAAACGUGCCAUCCAGGCAGGGAAAGACGCACGGCACCUCUGGUUUGCGCUGCGAGACUGGCGAGGUGACGACCCGGAGAAAUACUUUGGUGAUCUGGGGAACUGGGCUGAAAUAAGGAUGAAGGAGCUUGGUGUGGCGUAG